CUCACUGCAGAGGGGGUUCUUAUGCAUGUACUAGGAGUCUGAUGUUCAUUAUAACAGAAUUUCAGGGCACAGGACUGUUUACCAGAACGGUGUAGCAUACAUGAGGGGUGGGGUUCAGUUACACUAAAAUCCCUAAUACGGGCAGAUAGAGGGAGAGAGAGAGGGAGGGAGAGAGAGAAGUGGAGGGAGAGCACCAGAAGAGGAAUACAACAAGGGAUGAAAGGAGACACCCCAGUGAACAGCACCAUGAGUGUCGGCCAAGCCAGGAAGCUGGUGGAGCAAUUGAAGAUUGAAGCCAGUUUUUGCAGGAUCAAGGUAUCAAAGGCGGCUGCAGACCUGAUGGCAUACUGUGAUAACCACGCGAUUGAGGACCCCCUCAUCACCCCUGUGCCCACCUCAGAGAACCCAUUCAGGGAGAAGAAGCUCUUCUGUGCACUCCUUUGAGACAAGCCACAGGAUGUUGUGAAAUACAAUGUCCAGACAGAAAUGCAAACGAUACGUAACCAUUAACAUAUAAGGAGUCAUGAUAGCCUUUCAAAACAAAUACACAUCUAAAACACACCAAGAAAGCUAACAAUCUUGAACCUGAAGAAAAACAUACAAGUGGAUAUACUGUAAAUACAUUAUGCAACAUGAAAUAGCUCAUUUCUCAAAUCAACUCAAUAGGCAAGAUGGAUGAUGGAGGGGUGACAACACGCAUUGAAAUUAUUUGUAACUUUUAAUACACACUUCAUGGUAAAUAUCCAUUGCCUGCCCUAAUCAGCCUUUGUUAAAUAGUUUGUGUGCGACAGACAGUCCUGGAUGUCACUUUUUUAAUCUUUGUUGCAGAAAUGUAGGUGCCACUGGAUCAGUAAUUGAAUCUUCAUUUAACUAGGCAAGUCAGUUAAGAACAAAUUCUUAUUUACAAUGACGGCCUAGGAACAGUGGGUUAACUGCCUUGUUCAGGGGCAGAACGACGGAUUUUUACCUUGGGGAUUUGAUCUAGCAACCGAAAGGCUAGGCUACCUGCCGCCCAGUAAGAGGGUAUUAAGAGGACAAGGCAAUACACACUGACCCAAAUAAUUCCACUGGUGUGUACAAGUGGUAAGCUGCCUUAACACAGGAUCAGUGAUCUAAAAAGAGAGGUUCCCAAUAAAUGAUCAAUGAUGUUAAUUUAUUUAAACUAGGCAAGUCAGUUAAGAACAAAUUCUUAUUUACAAUGGCGGCCUACAACAGCCAAACCCGGACGACGCUGGGCGAAUUGUGUGCUGCCCUAUGGGACUCCCAAUCACAGCCAGUUGUGAUACAGCCUGGAUAAAUGAUAAAAGCGGUUUAAUUUGUCAAGUGGGAGCCUAAUAAUAAAUAAGUUAUGCCUUUAUGACAAUAGCAUUAAGUAAGAGGUACAUUUCAAGACCAGUCUUUAAGGAUGCUUAGGAAUAUUAUCACUCUUAAGAUCUUACAAUGUUACAAUGUAGACCUUCACUGUUUAUAUUUCUUAAAAAUAAAGAGCUCUGAAUAAAAGGAGACGUCGGUAAUCAAAGAUUAAAAUAAACACAGUCACCAAAAACAAGUUUGCAUUUAAUUUGUGAUUUUAUUUCCCCCCCCCAAAAAUGGCAAAAACAAAACAAACCCAGAAUUGUCCAGAUCUUGCAGUUGGUUUUGUUCAUUUCAAAAGAAAAAUAUAAAAACUAAUAUGCUUUCACAGUCAAAACACAAAAACAUGAACCAGUAUUUCAGAAAAACCAUCAUUCAGCAAUUAAAACGUUAGCAAGCAACACGCGCAUGCCUAGAAAUUACUUCCUGGAACAACAGUGCCAUUUUUUGUGGGUUUACUUUAGGUUUUCAUUUUGUGUGUGAAAAUUGGGUGAUUUGUGGUAGGUAACUUAAGUAGAUCGUGGAUUUUUAAAAAAUGUGCAUUACAACAUUGAGGCAUCUCUUCAACUUUGACAAAAACAAACACAAGAUAACAUGGAGCAAUUACACCUUAGUGUUUCCUGUGAACUCUUUUGUAAAAAUGAACAGUAACAUCUUGACAUUUUAACUACAGAUGUUAAAGCUAUCUGGUAUCUAAAAUGGUUUAAAAUCCUAUUAUAAGUUAAUUUAAAUAAAUGCAUGGGCAAACAGUCAGUUUGAGAUGAGUACAAACAUUAGUUAUAACUUUUGUGAAGGGACCGUGUUGGUAAAAGUUUUCCUUUGACAGAGAACAAAUUGAAAUAACACAUUGCAGGAAAACCAAAAUGAGCUCAUUCCUAACGUUUCUGUGCAGCCAAAGAUUUGAAACAUAGAAAAGGUCAGCAUUACAGAGCUACACAGUUGGGUGUAACAACCCCAUGGGUGACUGCGGCAAAGUAUGUCUUACUGAUUUGAAAAGCAUUCUUAAGUCUAUAAGACUAUAGUUCAAAAAUAACUGGGUCUUACGACGUCCGACUUUGCUUAACUUCCUCAUGUGCAGUGAGAGUCCAUAUGAGGUGUAAGUUGAUGUGAGACCACAGUAGAGGUAAAUGGAUGUUUGGGAUUUAGAAAUUGGAAAAACUGAAACUGGAUAAAAUAGCUUCUCUACAGGAAAGAAUCGCACCACUCACGCAGGCAGCCGUAGCAAUCGCCCUGCUGUUUGACAUUGGCCCCGCAUGUAUCUUUCAGCCAGUCCCGGAAUAGCUCCUCAUCCUUCUUCAGCACUAGGAACUGACCCAGGACCACAUAAGCCUAUGAGAGUACACAAGUGAGAAUUGAGGGGGGGAAAAAAGAGAACAUGAACACACUAACCACUAGGUAAAAUUAAUAUACAAAACAAAGUUCCAUUAUCUCUUAUGUCCAUCGGCACAGCCAGAAGAGGACUGGCCACCCCUCAGAGCCUGGUUCCUCUAGGUUCCUUUCUUUUUAGAGAGUUUAACCCUAGUCACCAUGCCUAUCUGCAUUGUUUGCGCUUUGGGUUUUAAGCUGGGUUUCUGUAUAAGCACUUUGUGACAUCUGCUGAUGUCACAAAGUGGGCUUUAGAAAUAUAUUCAAUCGAUUGAUUAAAGUUCCAAAGUUAAGUAAACGCCGCAUCACCUUGUCGAAGCCCUUCUCCUCCAGUCUCUUGCCAAGCACCUCUCCAAUGCCAGCAAGUGCAUUGACUAACUUCUCCCCCAUGGGUUCUGCCACAAACUCUUUGUGUUUCUGGGAUGUUGACGACAUGGCUGCUUUCUGUCAGUGAUCACCUAGAGUACCUUCACACAAGGAACAGAAUAGAAAAUGAAGUAAUUCACUACAAUUGGAGGUUAUUGCACCUUUUAUCUACUGCUUUUGGUUUUAAACAGUUGAGGCACACUUGAUCUACACCAAUAUAUGGUGUUACUAGGUGUUUCUAACUAACGUAUAUUAAACAGGACAUACCGGGUGAACAUGACAAACAGCAGUGCCACAAUUUGCAUAAAACAUAUUGGGAGUGCCCUAGCAUGACCUCAGUGUCUUACAAGUUCCAAACUGAAACCAAAACCUUUCCAUGUUCUUUGUGGGAAACAAAUACUCCUUGUAUGCUAACUUGACCAGGACCACAGUGUAAUCCACACAAAGCUACAUUGUGAGUUUGCUAAUAUACAUAGCCACAGUAGGAGCACUAUUUUUGGAGCUCUAAAACUCCGCGACCAACAGCUUCACUUGAGCUAGCUAGUUAGCCAUUUAGCAAGCAAAAGUGUAACCAGCUAGCUUCUAACGAUAAAAAGCUUGCUACGUCAGAAAUAACUAGCUUCUAGCUACGUAGAAACGUGUUUGGAUCAGACAAUUGAACUGAAACUCACAUGACUAUUCAAUGUUUGCUAAUGGUGAUUGUGUGCUAGCUAACUAGCCUGAGCUGACGGAUCUAACGUGUGCGGUCUGCUUCUAUGGAUAUAUUAUAGCUAGUCUCCCGUGACACCAAUCAGAUUUAAAGCAAGCGUAGAAGUUUAGAAUAUUACAACUAUUCGAGUCGCGUAGUGGUGUAUAAGCUACCUUGUUUCUUGUCGUACGCGGUUUCGUGACCUUUUCCAACCACGAAGAGUAGACGGUAGUUACCGCACCGGUUGUGUAUGUGAUAAA